GCAUGCAAAGAAGCGUUACGGAUAUCCUGGCAUCGCAACUGGAAGAAGAUGUCUUCAAAGGCAAUAAUGGGGCUUAUCAUUGACGAAGAGAAACAGGCUUGGUUCCGAGGGAGUCACACUGACGAGACAUAUAUUAAGAAAAUGGGCAGCAACUGGGUUGCGAAUAAUGAGUGUAUGCUGAGAACGUACUUUCGUACUUUUCGGCGCGCGUUGAGGAGACAUGCUCCUAGCCCGGGGUAUGAUCCUGCAUUUGAGUCUGGGUCCGAAAGUGAGUUGAACUCUGUUAUGCAAGUGUGGGUGUCGGAUAAGGAUGUGGAUGUUCCUGCUCGUCCUGGUUCUGCGUUCUGAUGUUGAUUCUGGAUUGUUUGAAUGGGAUUGAAGUAGUUUUUUGUCUUAGACGUUUAACUAAAGUUCUGGUUUGGUUUGUUGGAUUUGCUGUGAUGAUUCUAAUUGCUCGUGCAGGGAAUCAUAAGGAUAUAUCGGAUACGAAAGAGCAGCUGAGCAAUGAUUUAUCGCUCGUGCUUGCUCUGAGACCACGUCACCAGCCUGCUCGGCCAAACAAGGCUAGAAGUAUACUCGGUGCUAAGGAGCAUCUGAAUGAUGGUACUUCACUUGUGCUUGCUCUCAGAGCACGUCGGGAUUCUGCUAUAUAAUACUCAGAUGCUUUUGAGCAUGUUUGGUUGAUGGUAGUACAAAUAUUUAUAUGGCAAAACAUUCCUAUAUAAUCUUUUUA